GGCGGCAGGGAACGGCACCUCGCUGCCCGUGAGACGUUAAUGUGGCGGCUGCGAGGUGGGGUGGGCUGACAGAAGGCCGGAGCUUCGCGCCUCCCGGUGCCAGCCGCAGGGGCAGGCCCUCUACCUUCUCUUCCCCCGCCAGCAGCGGGGCCCCGCAGCCGCCUGCGCCUCGGUACGCGGCCGCCGCGCUCCGGCCGCCCCCCCUCGCUCUGCCGCCACAGUUCCGCUGGAGAAGGCGCCCGACGGCGGGAGCAAGAGCGGAGCGGCAGGAAGCGAGGGGCCGCUACGCUCCGCUCGCCGUGUUAUGCGAGAGCGCUCCCGCCCCCGGGGCCGACGAGAGGCGGGGGACGGCAGAAGCGCGGGUGGGGCGGCGUCCCCCCGGAGAGAGCGGAGAGGGGCCCCGGCGGCGGGCGACGGCCGCAGGCCGGCGAUGGAGGAAGGGGCAGCAGACCUGCGACAGAGAAAGAAGCAAAACUGCACGGAAUCUGACAAAAUGGCUCCAGAGGAGAGAAACAAAGAAAACUCAAAGCUGGGAAGAUCGCCAAAAUAUAUGUUAAUUCAGCGUUUUGCGAAACUUUUCUUUGGCUGUCUUGCGGCAGUCACUAGCGGAAUGAUGUAUGCUGUGUACCUCUCAACAUAUCAUGAACGGAAAUUCUGGUUUUCCAGCAGACAGGAACUUGAACGAGAAAUUACAUUUCAGGGUGACAGCGCCAUUUAUUACUCAUUCUAUAAAGAACUGCUAAAGGCUCCUUCCUUUGAAAGAGGUGUUUAUGAGUUGACACACAACAAUAAGACAGUAUCACUGAAGACGAUAAAUGCCGUCCAGCAAAUGACUUUGUACCCAGAGUUGAUUGCUAGUGUUUUAUAUCAAGCAUCUGGUAGCGAAGAAGUUAUUGAACCAGUGUAUUUCUACAUUGGUAUAGUUUUUGGACUGCAGGGAAUUUAUGUGACUGCAUUGUUUGUAACCAGUUGGGUUAUGAGUGGGACUUGGCUGGCAGGAAUGCUGACUGUAGCAUGGUUCAUUAUUAACAGGACAGAUACAACAAGAAUUGAUUACUCCAUACCAUCAAGGGAAAAUUGGGCUUUGCCGUAUUUUGCAUGUCAAGUAGCGGCUCUCACAGGCUAUUUAAAAAAAAACCUAAAUUGUUCUGCUGAGAAGUUUUGUUACCUUUUGGUGAGUGCUUCAACAUAUACCUUCAUGAUGAUGUGGGAGUACAGUCAUUAUCUCCUGUUUGUCCAGGCUGUUUCUCUUUUUCUGCUAGACAGCUUUUCCCUGGCACAGACAGAGAAGGUGCAUGAAGUAUACAAAAUCUACUUGUUUUCUCUCUUCUUGGGGUACCUUUUGCAGUUUGAAAAUUCAGCCUUACUAGUGUCACCAUUACUGAGUCUUGUAGCAGCUUUAAUGUUCUCUAAAUGCCUUCAGAUGAAUAUGAAAAAAGGUACAUUUUUGUCAAGAUUACUGAAAGUAAUGUACAUCUAUUUGGUACUUACAAUAACAGUGACAGUAAACUUCUUACUAAAGAUGUUUGUUCCUCAUAAAGAAAAUGAGCAUUUGCUGAAGUUCAUUGAAGUAAAACUUGGCUUAAACACAACUAAGAAUUUUACAAUGAAUUGGCUCCUUUGUCAAGAAUCUCUUCAGGCACCCUCCCAAGACUUUUUUUUGCGACUAACACAGUCAUCACUGUUGCCUUUCUAUAUUUUAGUAUUAAUUAUCUGCCUUUUUUCUGUAACUCAGGUCAUUUUUAGGAGAAUAUGUGGUGAACCACUGAAAGAGACAGUUAAACUUGAGGAUGGUCGAAUUGGAGAGAGGCCAGAAAUAGUUUAUCAUGUAAUUCACACAAUUUUACUUGGUUGUCUAGCGAUGUGUUUGGAAGGAACAAAAUAUCUGUGGACCCCUUAUGUUUGCAUGCUUGCUGCAUUUGGUGUGUGCUCUCCUGAACUUUGGAUGACGCUUUUCAAGUGGCUUCGACUGAAAGCUGUGCACCCGAUAUUGCUGGCACUUAUUCUGAGUAUGGCAGUUCCCACAAUAAUUGGAUUCAGCUUGUGGAAAGAGUUUCUCCCUAGGAUAAUGACAGAGCUUUCAGAACUACAAGAAUUCUAUGAUCCUGAUACAGUAGAACUCAUGACAUGGAUAAAACGACAGGCUCCUGUGGCUGCUGUGUUUGCAGGCAGCCCACAGUUAAUGGGUGUGAUUAAGCUUUGUACCGGAUGGAUGGUGUCGAGCUUGCCUUUAUAUAAUGAUGAUGAUCUUCUAAAAAGAAAUGAAAAUAUUUAUCAGAUCUAUUCAAAGAGGUCAGCAGAGGAUAUUUAUAAGAUACUGACAUCUUACAAAGCCAAUUUUCUGAUUAUUGAAGAUUCAAUUUGCAAUGAAGUGGGACCUGUAAGAGGAUGUAGAGUUAAAGAUCUAUUGGAUAUUGCUAAUGGUCAUGUGGUUUGUGAGGAAGGCGACAGUUAUGCCUACUCAAAAUACGGACGAUUUUGUCAUGAAAUCAAAAUGAACUAUUCUCCAUAUGUGAAUUAUUUCACUCGGGUAUACUGGAAUAGAUCCUACUUUGUAUAUAAAAUCAACACUGUGAUAUCCUUCCAGUCAUGAAAAAGCAUGCAAGCUUCUUUCUGAGGAUUGACUGUGAAUGAAAUUCAGUUGGAAAAGUUCCUUUUGAUCAAGGAAGUUAUUUUUGCAGAUACAUGCGCGCACAUGCAGUGUAUUGACAACUUUAUUUUACCAGACUGGAAUUCUUUGAACUACGGAUCAACAGACACAUAUACCAUCCUUGAAGGAAAUGGGAAAAUAUGUCAAUUUUACAGUCUCUACAAAGCGUGAGAGUCUUCCACGUUUUUGCAUUUUUCUUCCCAUUACAGAUCAUCUUAAUCUUCAUGUAAAUGAGAUUUCUAACUUUAGCGUUAGAGAGCUAAUGUGGGUAGACUUCAGUAAAUGCAGAAAAAUUGUUUAAAGAGCUCAUUUAAGUCAUAUAGCUUUUAUUUUCUAGCAAGAAAGCAAUCAGUAUCCCGAGUCUUUUCAAGUAAGUGUUUGGGUUUUUUGGGGUUUUUUUUGUUGUUUUAAUUCUUCCUGUCUUCCACUAUAAACAUUUUUAUGUUUAUCAAACUCACAUUCAUGCAUCUUACGUAUAGUUAUAGUGUUUGUAUAAAUCAAGUAAGGAAGAUUUUAUUUAAACAACACUUCCAUAGAUUAAGGCGCUGAUCUCUACGUUUUUAGAGAGACAUUGGUGGAAGUGCUUGAACUUAGACCUGGCAGUAGGAGUUGACGAGGUCAGAUCUUCGGUUUGGAAAAAACUUGUCUUCAGGAUUUUUCCAUGCUUAAAUGUGGAUGUGUGUAUGCCUAAGUGUGUCUUAGCAGCCAUCAGAAUGGGCCAGUAUACACAAGUAUGCCACGCUUGUUUAGACAAGUGUAGCAGGACAACUAGGUUUGCUACUGAGACUUCUGCACUUCUGUUUCACCCCCUCUGUGUGUGUGCUGGUGUGUGCGUGUGUGUGUGUGUGUGUGUAUGGGGAGGGAUGGGUGGUAUUCAUUUCAUUCAACUUACUAUGUGAUAGUUAUAUUAAGGUAGUGCCAUAACUGUAAUUUAAAACACUAAAAUCACCACCAUUAAUAAAUAAUGGUACAGUUGUUCAUA